AUGUGCGGAUUUUACCGUGUUUUUAGGCUGGACGUGCUCGUUCCGAGCGAUUUUCUUCCACCAGGUCGUCGUUGCACUUGUCUGGUCCUAUUACUAAGCCAGCAAGGGCGUGGGAGGGUUGCGAGCAUCGUCGGUCAUCGGCGCUCGCGAAUGAAGAGCGCCCGCUGCACUUCCUCCACAUGUGCGGAUCCUUCCGCGUUUUGGGGCUGGAAGCGCUCGUUCCGAGCGUUUUUCUUCUGCCGGGUCACGUGGCUGCGCUUGUCUGGGCCUAUUGCCAAGCCAGUAAGGGCGUGGGAGGGUUGCGAGCAUCAUCGGUUAUCGGCGCUCGCGAAUGAAGAGCGUCCGCUGCACUUCCUGCAGAUGAGUGGGUCCUUCCACGUUUCGGGGCUGGAAGCGCUCGUUCCGAGCGUUUUUCUUCCGCCGAGUCACGUGGCUGCGCUUGUCUGGGCCUAUUACCAAGCCAGCAAGGGCGUGGGAGGGUUGCGAGCAUCAUCGGAUUCGGACAGACAUUCGGGGCGAUCUGGGCCGUCGGAUGCAUACACGGCGAGCGGUCGAGAUGAUGACGAUCAGAUGGACGAUUUCGACCGCGACUCCGCAGGGCGGGAUGCGGAGGAAGCAGAGGUGGAUCCGAUGCUGUUUGAGAACGGCAGCGAGGGCGGCGAAGCGGACGGCGCGGCGGGGCGAGCGGGCGAGGAGGAGGAGGAGGAGGGCGAGGAUCUGCUGAGGGAUGAUUUCCUGGAUGACUACCGCCCCAUGCCCCAUCUGGACGAGUACGAGAGGGAGCAUCUGGCGGACAGUGAGGGCGACACCAGGAGCAGCGGGCAGCGCGCGGCAGACAGGCGGGCGGCGGAGCGAGAAAUGGCGCGCCGAGACGCCGGGAGGAGGGGAGCAGCGGGGGAUGAUGGGGGGAACCGACUGCCGUCCAUCCUCAGGGACCAAGAUGACGAUGACAGCGGGCUCUUCACUCGCAGGGGGCAGCGCCGGCGACGCACCGACUCUGCUGAUGCUGCUGUGGGGGGGAGCUUUGCCACGGAGGGCACAGGAGGAGGGGAGGAGGACGAGGCAGAGGAGGAGGAUGAUAUCAACGAUGACUCGCUGUACAACAUGCAGGGCAGCCUGAGGGAGUGGGUAUCGCGGGACGAGGUGCGGCGCUUCAUGGCUCGCAAGUUCCGCCACUUCCUGCAGACAUUCAAGGACACGCGCGGGCGGCACCGCGGUGACAGCGACGCCGACUAUGCCAUUCGAAUUCGAGAGCUGGUGGAGAUGAACAGCUGUUCAUUGGAGCUGGACUACUCGCACCUCCUCACCACCCACCCCAUCCUCGCCGUCUGGCUCGCUGAUGCGCCCAAGCAGGUGCUGGAGGUAUUAGAUGAGGUGGCGCAGGCGGAGGUGUUUCGAGCGUUCCCCAUGUACGAGCAGGUGCACGAUCGCAUCUACGUGCGCGUGGCGGGACUGCCUGUCAUCGACCAGAUCCGCGACAUCAGGCAGACGCAUCUCAACUGUCUCAUCCGCGUGGGGGGUGUUGUCACUCGCAGGACCGGAGUGUUCCCCCAGCUGCAGCAGGUGAAGUACAACUGCAUCAAGUGCGGCGCCAUCCUUGGCCCCUUCUUCCAGACGUCCUCCUCGGAGAUCCGCAUCCGCACGUGCGCUGAGUGCCAGUCCAAGGGGCCCUUCCAAGUCAACGUGGAGCAGACCAUCUACCGCAACUACCAGAAGAUGACCCUGCAGGAGAGCCCUGGCAGCGUUCCAGCGGGGCGGCUGCCGCGCUACAAGGAGGUGGUGCUGCUGAAUGACCUCAUUGACUGCGCCAGGCCGGGGGAGGAGAUUGAGGUGACGGGCAUCUAUGUGAACAACUUUGAUGCAGCACUGAACACACGGCAGGGCUUCCCCGUGUUCUCCACGGUGAUAGAGGCGAACCACGUCAGCAAGCGACAGGACGCAUUUGCUGCGUACCGGCUGACGGACGAGGACAAGGAGGAGAUCAUGCGGCUUUCGAGGGACCCACGCAUUGCUGAGCGGAUCAUCAAGUCCAUCGCCCCUUCCAUCUACGGCCACGACAACGUGAAGACCUCCCUAGCGUUGGCCAUGUUCGGGGGGCAGGAGAAGAAUGCGGGGGGCAAGCACCGGCUGAGAGGCGACAUCAACGUGCUGCUGCUGGGAGACCCAGGCACGGCCAAGUCUCAGUUCCUCAAGUACCUGGAAAAGACAGCUCACAGGGCCGUUUACACAACGGGCAAGGGCGCAUCAGCGGUGGGGCUGACAGCAGCCGUGCACAAGGACCCCGUCACGCGCGAGUGGACCCUGGAGGGAGGGGCUCUGGUGCUGGCGGAUAGGGGCACUUGCCUGAUAGACGAGUUUGACAAGAUGAGCGAACAGGACAGGGUGUCCAUCCACGAGGCCAUGGAGCAGCAGAGCAUCAGCAUCAGCAAAGCGGGCAUCGUCACAUCCCUCGCUGCUAGAUGCUCCGUCAUUGCCGCUGCCAACCCCAUUGGGGGAAGGUACGACUCCAGCAAGACGUUCGGGCAGAACGUGGAACUUUCAGAGCCCAUCCUCUCUCGCUUUGACUGCCUGCUCGUCAUCAAGGACCUGGUCGACCCAGUGGUGGACGAGCACUUGGCACGCUUUGUAGUGGGCAGCCAUCAGAAGUCGCACCCUCAGGCGCAUGGGCAUGGGCAUGGGCAUGGGCAUGGCAGCGACGGGCCAGCGAGAGAGGAGGACCCCGAUGUCAUCCCGCAGGACCUUCUGAGAAAAUACGUCACCUACGCCCGCCAGAACGUCUUCCCUCGCAUGCACGAUGCUGACGCCGACAAGAUUGCGCUUGUAUACGCCGACCUGCGCCGGCAGUCCCUGCAAGGGCAGGGCGUGCCAAUCGCGGUGCGCCACGUGGAAUCAAUGAUCCGCAUGGCAGAGGCGCACGCCAGGAUGCAUCUGCGACCGUUCGUCACGGACGAUGACGUGGACACCGCCAUCCGCGUGCUGCUGGAGUCGUUCAUUGGCACUCAGAAAUAUGGCGUGCAGCGUGCACUCGAAAAGUCCUUCAGUCGUUACAUGUCUCACCGGAGGGAUCUGCACCAGCUGCUGCUGCACCUGCUGCGGCAGCAGCUGAGGGAGGCGCUGAGGCUGAGGGACCUGGGGUGGACGCAGCCCAGCAGGCGCGGGGGAGGGGCGGCGGGCGAGGGAGAGGAGGUGGUGGAGAUGCGAGUGGACGAGCUGGAAGCCAAGGCUCGCGAGUAUGGCAUAGUGGAUCUGAGCUCUUUCUUUGCCAGCCGCCACUUCACUGACAACCACUUCACACUCGACACGCUCCACCGCGUCAUGCUGCACCCCGUGGUGUAG